GAUGAAUACAGACAGUGAGCGCGGCAGUGCCAUCGUCUCCGAUCACUUGAUGCUGACCGACCACUCUCCGCCCACCGCCCGGCGCCGCCCCCAGCGGCACUUGGGAGGAGGCAGGGAUACCUCGGAGCUGAGUUUCCAAUAUAGUGACCGUACAGUAUGAAAAGAAAAGAAGUGCCCAUUUUUCAGAUGCCCAAGUUUGUUCUGUGAAACAGUGUUUUACUGUGAAAAAUGAAAAAAUCUUUCUGGACACCUUAAAUGUAGUUGAUGGACUUAGAAAAAUGCUUUGUUUGAGGCAAGUUUGCUUGUUUGCACUGAGACAUUACCAAGCCCGAACUCUGAGCAGCGAUGUGCUUCUGAGCCAGAUAAAUAAUUGUACCCAUGAAGAUGAAGUGUUCAGCCUUGUUGGCAGGAACAAGGCCAGGCUUUCUGAAAAGCAUGUGGGAAUUGCCUUGAACGUGCUAUGGCAGUUACAGAAGAAGAAGCCACUUCUCUUAAGGACUUCUGACUAUAUAAGAAAUCACUCCCAGUUUCUAACUCUUUGCUUUUUAGCAGAAAACAAAGUAGAACACAUGGAUAAUGAGGCUAUAGUGGACACUCUGUAUAGUAUACUGAGGCUCAACGUGGAAAGCCAUGAUUCACUGGCAGGAGUGCUCAUCACAGAAGCAUGGAAGAGAUUAGAAAGCCUUAGUUUACCAGCUUUGUCUAAAUUUGCACUGUGUUUACACAAGCAGCGUGGACAUUUUAGUCCCCUAAUUGGCAAAAUAGCACAUCUUGUGGACUUGAAACUGGAUUCUAUACAGGAUAUACGGAUCUUGUCAGUUUUGAUGAUCUGCAUAUCUGAUGUUAUCUCACGGAGUUUUCAAGGCCGAUUAGUACAGAAGGUGGAUCAGCUACUAGGAGAAGAAGUCCACUUCAACUACGCCAAAAGAAUUGUACAAUUUCUUCAACUUAAUAAACUGACACAUCCUCCAUUGCUAGAAAAAUGCAACAAGAUUUUCUUGAAAAGCACCGCUCAUCUUGAUUUAGACAAUAUAACUCUUAUUUUUGGACUAUAUGACCAGCUGGGUUUUGAUAAUGCAGAAUUCCGUUUGUUUGCUAAACAGCUACUGUCUGAAUCAAUAGAGAAUUGUCAUGACCCUGAAGCCUUCACAAAAUUAUUUUUUGUUCUUGGGCCUAUGGCUGGGUCCGAGAUAAGAGAAAGGUUGCUAGCAACUGCAGCACUCAUCGCAGAAGGAUUUAACAGUCAUCAGGCAUUAGUGAUACUGAAGACAAUGCAGAAAAUGAAAUGUAGACAUUCUCACCUGCUUGAAAAAAUGGUUUCUGUUCUGCACAGACACUUGGAUAGUUAUCAUGUAUUGCAGUUGGUAAAGUUAACACAGUGCUUGGUGUUGUUGCAUUGCCAUGAUCAGGAGUUGUUUGGCAAGCUGAAAAUGUUGUUAUUCGGUUUUCUAAAAUCUAGCGUCAUACCUGCUGAUACUGCUGCAAUAAUUCGCACGUUGGCUAUGCUUCCAUCCUCUCAAGUGGAGGAAAUCAUUAUAAACAAAGCAACAGCAGUUCUACCUCAAUGUAGGCUCCAGGACAUCAGUUGCAUUGCUACAGCUCUUGUCAAAUGGAAUCAUUAUGACACUAUGCACUGGCAAAACACUUCUGAGCUACAUGUAAAGCUUCUGCAAAAGCUAAAUGACUGGGGAUUUCAGAGGCUUCAGGAAGCCAGGAACUUAAACCUCCUGUUGGAAGAACUCACACAUGUGAAUGGAGGGUGGCUGCAGGAAGUCAUCAGUGAGGAGACUGUGGCUGCAUGUCAACGUUUGAUAGAUCAAGUAACAUGGGAAAACGUGUUACAGUUGUCUGUUUUUCUCAUAAAAACAAACUACUGUUGUCCUUCGUUACUUGACAGAAUAGCAUCUGUGACUGUUCAAAAUAUAAACAAGAUCCACCCCCUGGAAAUGUAUUUCAUUGUCUAUCUCUUCUCUGUUUUGAACUAUGAUCCUCCUGCCAAUGAAGAGUUCUUUCAGAGCUGUAUCCAACAUCUGACUUCUAACUUGAGUUGUUUUGAUACUCAUCACUUGGUGCUGCUGGGUCACGUUUUGGCAGUGGCUGGGUAUUUUCCUCCAGCUAUCAUAAAGACAGUAUUCGAUGUUUCUUUCCUAAGCAGAUUGAAUACUGAACUUGAAGUCCUGUCUGAUACCUUAAAGCAGAGGGUCCGCUCACAGCUUAUGAAACUGAACAGAGCAGUCUGUCUGGAAUGUCCGGAGUUUCACAUCCCUUGGUUUCAUGAGCGCUAUUUCAAACAUGUGUUGUGUAAAGGCAUUAGCCGAAUAAAUCCACUGCGACAGCAUGUUCACAGAAUGCUGGCAGAGAUCUUAGGAGGGAGCCAUUAUGCAAGAGUAUCUGUUCUGACACCAUACUACUAUGAAAUAGAUUUUGAAUGCAUUCUGGAUAAAAAUAAAAAGCCACUUUCUUACAUGGCUCAGAAUAUACUUACGGAUGAUUUGAGAGAAAUACAGUUGAGACAUGACAUCAAGAAUGAACAGAGAGAGGCAUUGCCACAAGGGGCUCAGAGAAUUGCUUUGGAAUUUCUGGAUUCAAAAGCUUUUAGUAAAGAUUCAAACCGCCUGAAAGGAGAACCUGCAGUGAAAAAACGACACCUGGAAAUCCUGGGAUACCGGGUCAUUCAGAUUCCUCACUUCGAGUGGAAUUCCAUGGUUCUGUCCACAAAACCUGAGCAGAUGGAGUAUCUGAGGAAACGUCUGUAUGAAACACAGUGAUACCAAUGAUAAACAGAGAUAACGUGGGUGAUAAUGUCAGGGGAGGGUGUUGUGCAGUGAGGAACCUCCAGCUGCUUGCUUUUUCUAACCUGUGAUAUGGCGUGGGCUAAAGAAGUAAAGGCUUGAAUCCUCUGGAAUGCCUUACAUACCUGAAAGGUAAAGUAGCUUGAGAGGUCUGCCAGUCACGCAGUCCCAUUAAUACCUGUAGUCUAGUUCAGUGCAACUUGGAAAGGAUAAUAGGGAUGAGGAGGAAGUACUGCUUAUGUCAGACAUAAUAUGAUGGUACCCAUCAGUGACUGAAUAGUUUGUGAAAAUGUUUGUAAUUAUCAGUUGGAGCACUCCUUUCUAAUAGUAAUAAAACAAAAUUAAUCUGUGUAAGCCACCGUGUGCCCCAGUGGCGCAAGUGGUAGGAAUGCCACCUUGCAACACCAGGGCCCGGGGUUCGAAUCCCCCCUGUGGUGCAAGUGGUAGAAGUGCCGCUCUGCAGCACAGAGGCUCGAAUCCUGGGAGUUGGACUCGAUGAUCUCUAAGGUCCCUUCCAACCCACACGAGACUAUUACUAUUAUUACUAUUAUGGUGAUGGUGCUUCUGAUAUAACUGACAAGGGCUGUUGUAGAAGAGGGCUUUGGGGAAAUACUGCUGAAUGUUCAGCAUAUAGAAGGGCUGUAUGCACACUGGGGGGUUGGACUCAGUGAUCUCUGGAGGUCCCUUCCAACCCCUAUAAUUCUGUGAUUGUAUUUGUGUAAUAUGGAAAAGAUAAUUAUAGAAGGUGGGAUAUCAGAAGGUAAGCUACAAGUCCAGGGACUGUUGUGUGAUUCUGCUUCUGUACAGGUGGGUAUUGUGUAGCAACCAGAGAGCGUAAAAAGUGACAGUGGCUGUAGCUGAAGGGAUCAGUCAGGGAUGGUUAUGGGCUUGAGGUGGACCCUGCAGGUCAGGUAUGUUCAAUUUGCGUAUGAAUCAAGUUAUGGGUACCCACAAUGUGGAUAGAAUUAAAACUGUCUAAGAGUGGAUUCAGAAAGUGUAUCUACACAAAAUAUAAGACAUUGUCAUGUGAAAUUUUAACAGCAUUAAAAACAAAGUUUAAUUGUUACUGGUUUAAUGUUUAAACAUUAAAAUGCAUCGAUUAUUUCUUAGAUAGGUGCUUACUGGUGAUCAACUGUUCUAGCAUUUUUCAUGAAUCUUACUAAUGACAUCAGAUCUCUGAGAAAACUUUCCAUUAAAUAAUUGCUUUGGAAAUAAAUACAAAAGCAUUAAAAAAAAGAAAAAAA